UAUGUGGGUUUAUAUUGAAUUUAAGAUGCAAACCAGUCAAAAGAACGGAGUCAACCAGCAGGGGGCGCUUGCAGUCACACCACCGGCUGUUUGUUUAUGACUUUACUUUCUUUUGACACAACACGUGAGUAAGACGACUCUUCACCGUCUUAACGCUACAAAACUGAGCAGAAAAGCCCACCAUGAACGCCGACGGACGCAAUAGGUCUCGGCGGCCCACGCUGCCGCCUCUGUCCAACCGGACCCUGCGCCACCCCUCCUUCCUGCCCAUGUUCAUGGCUGCGGGCGUUGCACACCAUCUCACCGACUGUCGCAACCAAACGGUGCUCCCCAUCAUCCCAGCAGAGUUCUUCUACACUGACCCCACCAUGAGCUGUGGGCAGAGGGUCCCCAACAUAGUGAGUAGGCUGCAGGUUUUAGAUUGCUUCCACCUAAACACUCCGACACCAGUCAUGUCCGCCCGCCCAGCUCCACCAACCUGUCCCGACCCAUUCAGAUCAGGACCAUACCCCACCAGGGAUCUGGGCAGCCUCACCUUGAAAGUAAAUACACUCCACCUUCCGGUACAGCCAAGACGGGUUGUGCUCCAGCUUACCCAGGAGGAGGACCAGGCUGUUACCAAUCUCCUGAAACUGCACCACCAAGAAGAGCCUUUGCAUUGGGGCUCAGCUGAGGGAGUCGAGCCCCUUUGUAAGGAUGUGCCGUGUGCAGAAGAGUCCAGUUUGCAAAGUCAGUUGCAGCAGGGAAGGCGUUGGUCAGAUACAGAGCUAGAGGCAGCUAACACCCUCUUGAGUGGCUUUAGCCUGAUGGAGAAUGACAACAUCUGGGGCCAAAACCACUGUAAAUCUGUAGCAAUACCUCCUGAUCCUCUGCUGUACCGGCAUCCUGAGGAUCCAUCAACAAACACUGAAACCCAACACAGAUCGGAUUAUUUUCCUGCAUCAAUAACUGCUGAUUGUGCCCAAAACGAUGUUGUCUACAUCGGCUUUAGUUGUGCCAGGGAAUACGGAGGACGCGGCUGGGGGGAUUUGGAGUUUGUGGAGGUAAAGAAUGCUGAUGUUCACCUGCCUGUCUGUGAGUCUUCGCUGUCCUCUGACUCGAAGACAAACAGGGGAUCAAGCGCCGCCGGAGGUCUUUCGGAGGUGAAGUGGGCGCUCUCAGAUUUGGAGGGAGAUGCUGUGCGUAUGCUCCUGAGCCUCGGAGACACGGGGGCGUUGGCCAUUGUGCAGUGACUGUUUUAAACCUGAGGGUCUUGUCCCUGUAAGGGACUUUACCACCGCUCUCAUUAUGGAAACCACUAGUUGAGGGUUCUUUGCACUGGUAGCUCAUAAGUCUUUGACUUUGAUAGACACCAAAACACUUUAAUUUUCUAGAAUGAGAAUCUCCCUUUUCGUAUUGCACAUUUGCCUUGUAAUUUUCAUACUACCGUACCAGUGUUCAAUAAAAAUCAACCGUUGAGACUCUA